GUUGCCGGAGCACGUUCGAUAAUCUCACCUGCUGGCCAGCGGCAAAUGAAGGCGACAUCAAAGUGAUGCCCUGUCCAAACUACUUCAGCUUCUUUUCAGGAGUUCUGGGUAACGUGAGCAGGAACUGUACAAGCGACGGCUGGUCUGAUCUGCAGCCCGCCCAAUACUUCAUCGCUUGCGGGUACAAUCCCAACCUCACAGGCCCGGCCGAGACUAUCUUCUACGGCUCUGUGAGGACUGGCUACACCAUCGGGCACAGUUUGUCCCUCAUUGCUCUCACAAUAGCCAUGAUCGUUCUGUGCAUUUUCAGGAAACUGCACUGUACCCGGAACUACAUCCACAUGCAUCUUUUCAUGUCCUUCAUCCUGAGAGCCAUCGCCGUCUUCGUCAAGGACGUCAUUCUCUUUGAGAACGGGGAGUCAGACCACUGCUACUUCAGCACGGUUGGCUGCAAGGCGGCCAUGAUCUUCUUCCAAUAUUGCAUCAUGGCCAACUUCUUUUGGCUCCUGGUCGAAGGCUUGUACCUUCACACCCUGCUGGUCAUCUCCUUCUUCUCGGAGAAGAAGUACUUCUGGUGGUACAUCAUGAUUGGCUGGGGGGCACCAACGUUGUUUACCAGUGCCUGGGCGAUCACGAAGGUUCACUUUGAUGAUGUUGGUUGCUGGGAUUUAAUUGAACAUCAUUACUGGUGGAUCAUCAAAGCUCCCAUCCUGGUUUCUAUACUGGCAAAUUUUGUUAUCUUCAUUUGCAUUAUCCGAAUACUUGUGCAGAAACUUCACUCUCCAGACGUUGGCCGAAAUGAAACAAGCCAGUAUUCGAGACUGGCCAAAUCCACCUUGCUCCUGAUCCCUCUCUUUGGCAUCCAUUACGUCAUCUUUGCCUUCUUCCCCGACACGGCCAAGAAGGAGAUACGGGAGGUCAAGUUGGUCUUUGAUCUUGUUCUGGGUUCUUUCCAGGGCUUUGUGGUGGCCAUCCUCUACUGCUUCCUCAACGGAGAGGUUCAAGCCGAACUCAAACGCAAAUGGCGCCGAUGGCACAUGGAAAGGUUUCUGGGCUCCGACCUGAAAUACCACCACCCGUCCUUGGGAAGCAACGGCACCAAUUUCAGCACCCAGAUCUCCAUGCUGACCAAGUGCAGUCCAAAGACGCGGCGAUGUUCUAGCUUCCAAGCUGAUUUGUCACUGGUUUGAGACUGGACGAGACACAGCAAGUGGCAGACAAACACGAUGGAAAGGGAGAAAGAUCCGAUCUCCCAAGACUUCGUUUACCCAUGAAAUGUUGUUGUUUUUUCAAAAAAAGAGACAACUUGCCCUUUGGCUCAUCACACCAAGGGCAAAAUACUGGAAAAAGCCACUUUUAAGUCCUGAAUGUCUAUGUGGAUGGAUUUUUUCUCAUGCUCUUCCCAGAUCUUUCACCGUAGGCGUCGAAACUGCAUGGAUUACAGACAAGGAGAAAACCGACUUUCUUUGCGAGGACCCGUGAUACACUUUGUCAGAGACAAUCUUUUAACAAACAGAUUUUAAAUAUAUAUAUGUAUAUGUGUGUGUGUGUGUGUGUAUAUGAGCCAGUGAAAAGAGGAGACUGACCUGAUUCACAGUGGUUUUGCAGUGAAUCUUUAGUUUGGAGAUACACUGCUCAUCGACCAAAUCCCUGUUCUUC